UAAACCAGGCCUUGAAAUUUCCACUCGCCUGCUCGGCAAUGGCGAGUGGAAAUUAUGAUGGGGGCGAGUGUGUUCCCCAGGGCCUUCUUGAUGAGCAGGCUCGGAGCUCAGGCCGGAUCUGUCAUUGGCACUGGGAGCCGUCAGACUGCUCAAUAGCUGAGCGCAGUGAAAGCAAAGCAAGGAAUGUGUGCUGUGCUCGCUGCCUCCUCCUAGAGUGCAGUACCCGGCUCUGUGAGUGAACAACAAAGUACUGCUACUUUUUAUAGGGUGUGUGUGUGUGUACAUGUGUGUCUGUGUAUGCAUGUACUGUACAUGUGUCUGUGUGUAUGUACAUGUGUCUGCAUGUAUGUACAUGUGUGUGUGUGCAUGUAAAUGUGUGUUGGUGUGUAUGUACAUACAUGUGUCUGUGUGUACAU